AUGCGUUUCACUGCCGUCGCUCUUGCCGCCACCCUGGCUUUCGUUCAAGCGUCUUCCGCCGAGCUCGCCGUUGAGAAGCGCGGUCUGUUCGACUUUUUGAUUCCUGGCGGAGGUCUCCCCGAAUCUGGAAUGUCGUGUGGUUACAAUCGUAACCUCGUUGGGGCACGCCUCGGCGGUGCCAACACCUGCGACAUGGUCAAUGGCAACGGCGGCUUCGGUCGCAACGGCGGUGGUAUGCGAUGUGGCGGGGCUGAUUCCCUGGUCCAAGCCGACAUCAGCCAGUACAACGGUUGCAGCAUGUACUCCGCUCCGAGCGACAGCUUCCUCAGCCCCGGUGAUGGAUUCUUCGCCAAGAGUACCGAUGACAAGAAGGCUGCUGCCGAGAACAAGAACCAAGCCUAA